CCACUAGAUGACGCCAGAGGAAAGGUUUUGGCCACAAUUGUCAACAAACUCUAUUUAUGUUUUCAAUUUUGUAGAGUUGUUUUAUUUUAUAAUAUUAUAUACCGCGACUAUAAUUAUAUGUAUGACAAUAACAGUACAUAUGUUUUUGUAUUUUUCAUUUUAGCUGUGAAAUGAAGUGACAUUUUGGAUUAUCACGAUAUAUAUAUGAAAGUAUAGAAUUUUUGUCAGUGUCACACUAACUAUCAUUAUUAUUAUUAUUAUUAUUAUUAUUGAAGGGAAAUGUAACGGCCUCAAUUGGCUCCCCGCGGUCAUGUGACACUGACGUCACCAAGGUGUGAAGGCCAGCUCCGAGCCGAGCGGAGAUUAAGCACCCGCAAGGAGCCACGCCCGGCUACCACACCUCCCCCAACGCGACGUCGUCGUUCUUUUAUUUCACAAAACAAGCUUAAAAUACGACUUUACCAUGACUGCGUGGCGUGGACUUCUUUGUGUUCUUGCCGUCGUUCUCCUUCGUUGUGUACACACCUGCUUGUGUGACACAGAUGACUUGCGAGGCUUCACCGGUACCGAGACCCCCGACGGGAUCUGGGUGGGCCAGCAGGCAAAGUCGGUCCUGAGCAGUGGCCUCACCACCGUCUUCCUGCCGGUCGUCUACAUCGUGGUGUUCGUGGUGGGCUUGCCCGCCAACGCCAUGGCCGUCUGGGUGUUCCUGUUCCGCACCAAGAAGAAGCACCCGUCAUCCAUCUACAUGGCCAACCUGGCUCUGGCCGACCUGCUCUUCGUCAUCUGGACGCCGCUGAAGAUCGCCUACCACUUCAACGACAACAACUGGACGUACGGUGAAGGGGUGUGCAAGGUCUUGGUGGGCUUCUUCUAUGCAAACAUGUACUGCUCCAUGGCCUUCAUCGCCUGCAUCAGUGUGCAGCGCUACUGGGCCGUGGUGCACCCGCUCGCGCAGCGGUGGCCUGAGAACACAGUAGCCUACGCGGUUUCGGCGGCCAUCUGGGCGACGGUGUGGCUCCUCACCGUGCCGCUCUACCUUUACGAUCAACAGGUGCGAGUGGUCAACCUGGGCAUCCUCACCUGCCACGACGUCACCCGGCCCUCCCAAAAGAAGAUUGCGGCGGGCUACUUCCUCACCAUGGGUACGGCGGGCUUCGUGGGGCCCGCCGCCGUGUGCGCCGUCUCCUACGCGCUGAUGCUGCGGGCGCUCCGCAGCAGCAUGACGGUGGACCCCGGCGUGGCCAAGAAGCGCCGCAAGGCUGUGGUGCUGAUCGUCAUCGUGCUAUUGAUGUUCAUGGUGUGCUUCGCACCCAGCAACAUCAUGCUCCUGGUGCACUAUGCGCUGCUCCUGAAUGAGGUGCCGAACAACCUCUACGGCUUCUACAUCACCACGCUAUGCCUGGCAAGCCUCAACAGCUGCAUCGACCCUUUCGUCUACUACUACAUCUCUGACGAUUUCCGCCAGCACGUCAAAAACACCUUCCUCUGCCGGAGCCAGCGGACCGUGGAAAGGAUGCGCGUGUCCUUCAGCGCGCUCAAGUUCUCCAAGAAGAGCAACACGUACACGUCCGACUCUGGCGAAAACACGGGAAGCUCGCAGUGCUAGCCAGCGCAAAAGGACGAGUGGUUGGUUAGCACGCCUGCCUCCAUAAUUCUGAGGUUUGCGGUUUGAAACUUGAGUUUGCGUGUCCGUAGGUGUGAGCGUGACGACCAGUCCAUAUCCUCUCGCUCCUCUGUGUAGCUCCUCUCACAAGCACAAUGAAUACAUGUUUAAGUUCUGCUCUGGAUCAUCCAGUUUCCGUCCACAUGCCAAAAACUGAAUGUUAGGUUCAUUAAAGACUUUUACUUAUUGGGUGUGAAUGCUCUUGUGUGUGUAUAGAGCGUGUGCCAUGUGAUUGGCUAGCGACCAGUCCACGGUGUAUCCUCCCGCUCCUCAGUGUAACUCCUUUCACAAGCACAAUGAUUACAUGCUUAAGGUUUUCUCCAGAUAAUCCAGUUUCCUCCCACUUUCCACAAGUACAUAUGUUAGCUUCAUGAAAGACACUAAAUUGUCCGUACGUGUGAAUGUGAGUGUAAAUGGUCUAUGGAUUCCCUGUAAUUUGCUAGCGACCAGACCAGGUUUUACCCCGCCUCUGGCCAAAAGUCAGCUAAGAUAGCCCCAGCUCACGCAUGACCUCAAUGACAACAAGAGGCCUAUAAAAUGGAUAGAUGUUUGCAAUUAUACUUUUUUUUUUUUUUUUUUUAAAAACACUUGCGAUGUUGUCUUCAGUUUUUAUUCUUCAGUCUUUUAGUGUGUCAAGUCUUCGUGUCUACACAGUUCUGAGCGUUAUGGACCCUUCAGGGCCGCCAUGUUUUUCAUUGGUGUUGGAGUUGGCAUGUGUAAUAAAGCCACUUUGCGUUUGUUUUUGUGUGAAUAUCGGUCUGACGACCUCCAUAACCGACAGAGACUCUAAAACGGUUAAGGGAGGGCGAGCAAGCUGCACAUCAUAACACUGAAUUAUUUUUUUUGUUUGUUUUUUAUGAUAACUGCGUAAAGCAUUGCAACCGUGUCUUUUUUUGUUGUUGAAAUUUUGCACUAUGUUAUACGAAAUAAAUUGUAGUUUAAAAAUAUGUAAAAUUGUA